GUGUGGCCCGGCCCCGGCCCGGCCCGCCCCGGAAGCCGCGUUGCGUUUCGGGCUGCGCGGCGCCAUGGAGUCGUUGUGGCGCCUGAAGCGGUUCGAUGCCUUCCCCAAGACCCUGGAAGACUUUCGGGUGAAGACGUGCGGGGGCGCGCUGGUGACGGUUGUCAGCGGGCUCCUCAUGGUGCUGCUGUUCUUCUCGGAGCUGCAGUACUACCUCACCAAGGAGGUCCACCCGGAGUUGUACGUUGACAAAUCAAGGGGAGACAAACUGAAGAUCAAUCUAGAUGUUGUUUUUCCACAUAUGCCUUGCGCCUACCUCAGCAUCGAUGCCAUGGAUGUAGCAGGAGAGCAGCAGUUAGAUGUGGAGCACAACCUGUUCAAGCAGCGCUUGGAUAAAGCCGGCAAUCGUGUGACUCCAGAGGCUGAGAGACAUGAGCUGGGCAAAGAAGAAGAGAAAGUGUUUGACCCCAGCUCUUUGGACGCGGAGCGCUGCGAGAGCUGUUACGGGGCAGAGUCAGAGGAUAUUCGGUGUUGUAACACCUGUGAUGAUGUCAGAGAAGCCUACAGGCGGCGAGGCUGGGCCUUCAAGAACCCAGACAGCAUAGAGCAGUGCAAGAGGGAAGGCUUUAGCCAGAAAAUGCAAGAGCAGAAGAAUGAGGGCUGCCAAGUGUAUGGCUUCCUGGAGGUCAACAAGGUAGCUGGAAAUUUCCACUUUGCACCAGGAAAAAGUUUCCAGCAGUCUCAUGUGCAUGUUCAUGAUCUGCAGAGCUUCGGACUGGAUAAUAUCAAUAUGACACACUACAUCAAACACCUCUCCUUUGGAAGGGACUACCCAGGCAUUGUGAACCCUCUGGAUGGCACAGAUGUCACUGCCCAGCAAGCUUCCAUGAUGUUCCAGUACUUUGUCAAAGUGGUCCCCACGGUGUAUAUGAAAGUAGAUGGUGAAGUGGUAAGGACAAACCAGUUUUCAGUCACAAGACAUGAGAAGAUAGCAAAUGGGCUGCUGGGAGACCAGGGUCUGCCUGGGGUCUUUGUGCUCUAUGAGCUCUCACCCAUGAUGGUGAAGCUGACAGAGAAACACAGGUCCUUCACACACUUCCUCACAGGAGUUUGUGCCAUCCUUGGAGGCAUCUUUACAGUUGCAGGCUUCAUUGACUCCUUGAUCUAUCACUCAGCACGUGCCAUCCAGAAGAAAAUUGAUCUUGGGAAGACAACCUAAAGAAGCAACAACUUCACUCCACCAAGAAAGCUCUAAGGAGGCCUUUCAAAACUCUAAAGGGGCUUUCCAAAAUACAACUUUCCUGCUGAGUGCACAAGAGAAGAGGUUUGGAACUGCUGAAUGGCCCCAAAGCCCCCUUUGUUUGGCAUUCAUUCGUGGGUAGAACUGCUUGAACCUUGCUGCUGUGGAGAUCAGCCACACCUCCUCUGGCUGUGCACACCUUGCCCUGAAGCCCUUUUGUGUCAGUCCCUGCUCUGUCCCCCUCCCCUCCAGCAAAGCUGUUUGCCUCCAGGACUCAGGCCGUGUAGUGUCAGGAGAAUGAAAUGGAUGGAAGCUCUCCAGCAGCACCAUCUAGCAGGCUUCACUCCCCUUCCAGGUGCUUCUGAUGGAUGCUGUGUGCCAGGCCUCUGGCUAAAUGUGCUCAGUCCCAGGCACUUCCCUUCCAGCUGCCCUGGGCAGUGUGGUGAGAGCUCACCCCUGGGCAGUGUGGUGAGAGCUCACCCCUGGGCAGUGUGGUAAGAGCUCACCCCUGGGCAGUGUGGUGAGAGCUCACCCCUGGGCUGUGCUUUCUGUCCUGUGGGGCAGUGCAGUUGCUGCAGAUUCCUCCUCUUAACUAAAGGUUCAAGUUGAUCUUUCACCAAAAGAAGUGUUUGGAACUCUGGUUUUUAAAUUAAAUGGUGUGGAUUUCA